UGGACCCAGACUUGGAGCAGGAGGAUAUGGAAGAGGAGGAGGAGGAGGAGGAGGAGGCAAUGGAGGAGGGCAAUGAUGGAGAUGAUGAGGAAGACUUGCUUGAUGAGAAAGACCAGCCCAGAGAAGGCAUGUAUGGCACUGAACAUACCCAGUCUGAAGAAGAUGGGGAAUGGCAGCACUCUACUUCAACUACCUCAUCUCAGAGCAAAAGGACAGAGCGUCUUGGUCAGAACCAGCGCAAGAACCUGACCUCUGAGGACACCAAAAAAAAGAGGGCUCAGAAACCUUACCACAUGAGGAGGAACAUAAGAAAGCUGCUACGAGAGGAUCAAUUGGAAGCAGUCACCAAAGCAGCUCAACAGGAAGAGUUGGAAAGAAGAAAAAGGCUGGAACAGCAGAGGAAGGACUAUCCUGCCCCUAUCCCCACUGUACCACUAGAGUACCUCCCAGAGGAAAUUGUUUUACGAGCAGGUGAUGCUUCCCAGCUCCCCCCUCAGGUUUUAGCCCAAGAAGUUAUUUGUUUGGAUAGCACCAGCAGUGGGAGUGAGGAGGAAACAAAGGGAAUACUGCAUGGCAUUAAAGAUGAAGUGAUCGAACUGAGCUCCGGAGAGGAUGAGGCCCUUCAAAUUGUGGACAGUAGUGACUCUGCCAAUGAAGGGGAUGGCGAUGCCACGGAGGAGAGCAGUGGCUCUCAUGUGAAUGAUGCCUUAAAUCAAUCAGAUGCUCUGGGGCAAGUCAUUGUCAACAUCAACCACCCACCUAAUGAGGAAAAUAUCUUCUUAGCCCCACAGUUGGCACGUGCAGUGAAACCUCAUCAGAUUGGUGGAAUCAGAUUCCUGUAUGACAACCUGGUCGAGUCCCUUGAGAGAUUUAAAACCAGCAGUGGAUUUGGCUGUAUUCUGGCUCACAGCAUGGGUUUGGGGAAAACUCUACAAGUGAUCUCCUUCCUAGAUGUCCUUUUCCGACAUACAGAAGCCAAGACUGUUCUUGCUAUUGUACCGGUGAACACUCUUCAGAAUUGGCUGGCAGAGUUCAACAUGUGGCUGCCAGCACCUGAAGCUCUACCUGCUGACUACAAACCUGAAGAGGUUCAGCCACGCUUCUUUAAAGUUCACAUUCUGAAUGAUGAACACAAGACAACGGCUGCUCGCGCUAAGGUGGUGACUGAUUGGGUGUCGGAGGGCGGGGUGCUGCUGAUGGGGUAUGAAAUGUACCGACUCCUCUCCCUGAAGAAAUCCUUUGCUACAGGUAGGAAGAAGAAAACCAAGAAAACUGCUUGUCCGGUAAUCAUCGACCUGGAUGAGGAGGACCGACAACAAGAACUCAUGAAAGGCAUUGAGAAGGCCCUUUCCCGCCCUGGCCCCGAUGUGGUGAUUUGUGAUGAGGGGCAUCGUAUCAAGAAUUGCCAUGCCAGUACAUCCCAGGCACUAAAAAAUAUUCGAUCUCGUCGUCGGGUGGUGUUGACUGGGUACCCCCUUCAGAACAACCUCAUUGAGUAUUGGUGUAUGGUGGACUUUGUACGCCCUGAUUUCCUAGGCACCCGGCAGGAGUUCAGUAAUAUGUUUGAGCGUCCCAUUCUCAAUGGGCAGUGUAUUGACAGCACUCCUCAGGAUGUUCGACUCAUGCGAUACCGAAGCCAUGUUCUUCAUAGCCUCCUGGAAGGGUUUGUACAGAGGCGAGGCCACAGUGUGCUGAAGAUACAGCUUCCAUACAAAGAAGAGCAUGUGAUCCUAGUGAGGCUCUCCAAAAUCCAACGGGCUUUGUACACAGAAUUCAUGAAUCGUUUCCGUGAUGCUGGCAACAGUGGCUGGCUGGGGCUCAACCCUCUCAAGGCUUUCUGUGUGUGUUGCAAGAUCUGGAAUCAUCCUGAUGUGCUUCAUGAAGCUCUUCAGAAGGAGAACCUUGCCAAUGAACAGGACUUGGAUGUAGAUGACCUCAGCACAGCUGGGACCAAUGCCCGCUGCCAGACCCAGGGAAUCAAGGUCAAAACUGAGGGUAGCACUUUGGCACCCCCAGGGGGAGAGGCAACAAAUAGCAAAUUCCUUCAGGGGGUAGGAGGCUUCAACCCCUUUCAGGAGCGAGCCAACCAGGUUGUCACUUAUGAAUGGGCCAAGGACAUCCUAUGUGAUUAUCAGACUGGAGUCUUGGAGAACUCACCCAAAAUGGUGCUGCUCUUCCACUUAAUUGAAGAAAGUGUGAAACUUGGGGACAAGAUCCUUGUAUUCAGCCAGAGUCUUUCCACCUUGUCUGUUAUUGAGGAGUUCCUGGCCAAGAGACUAAUGCCCUGCCUGCCUAGCUCAGAUGGGCAAAGGGACCAGAAUUGGGUUCGAAACUUUAGCUAUUACCAUGGUAGCACCUCGGCUUCUGAAAGGGAGCGUCUCAUUAACCAAUUCAAUGAUCCCAACAACAGCUCUGUUUGGCUCUUCCUCCUUUCUACACGAGCUGGAUGCUUGGGUGUGAAUCUGAUUGGUGCCAACCGAGUUGUGGUGUUUGAUGCCUCCUGGAACCCUUGUCAUGAUGCUCAGGCAGUGUGUCGUGUGUACCGCUACGGCCAGAAGAAGCCUUGUCAUAUCUAUCGUCUGGUGUCUGACUACACUCUGGAAAAGAAAAUAUAUGACCGGCAGAUUUCCAAACAAGGAAUGUCAGAUCGGGUAGUGGAUGAUUUAAAUCCAGUGCUAAACUUCACCCGGAGGGAGGUGGAAAACCUAUUGCAUUUUGUAGAAGAGGAGCCAGACCCUGCCCAGCUGGCACUAAAUAUGAAUAAAAUCAAGGAUUCUGUCUUGCAACUUGCCUGUCUCAAGUACCCUCACCUCAUCACCAAGGAGCCUUUCCAGCAUGAGUCGCUGCUCCUAGAUCGCAAGGAGCACAAGUUGACUAAGGCAGAGAAAAAAGCAGCAAAGAAAAGCUAUGAAGAAGAGAAGCGUGCAUCUGUCCCUUACACACGUCCGUCCUAUGCUCAGUAUUAUCCUGCCAGUGACCAGAGCCUGACCAGUAUCCCUGCCUUCAGCCAGAGAAACUGGAGGCCAUCCCUGAAAGGUGACGACAAGCCUGUGGCCAGUGUCCGCCCUGUGCAGUCAACCCCCAUCCCUAUGAUGCCCCGGCAUGUCCCACUGGGCAGCUCAGUCUCUGCCUCAGCAUCCAACCCAGCAGUUAAUUUCCCCAUCAACUACUUACAGCGUGCAGGGGUUCUUGUGCAGAAGAUUGUUACAACAACAGAUAUUGUCAUUCCUGGCACAAACAGCUCCACAGAUGUGCAGGCAAGGAUCAGUGCUGGCGAGAGCAUCCAUAUCAUCCGCGGCACAAAGGGGACAUAUAUCCGGACCAGUGAUGGGCGAAUUUUUGCCAUCAGGACAACUGGAAAACCAAAGGCUGAUGAUGAUCGCCGGACAGCUGCCUCAGGAUCCCAGGGUCCGUCUCUAGAGUCCACAAGCAAUGGCAGACAUAGUGCCUCAUCGCCCAAACCCCCCAACACAGAGGAUCUGGCCAGACCUAUUUCCCCUGACAGCCCUGAGAUCAUCAGUGAAUUGCAGCAGUAUGCAGAGGCUGCAGCUGCUCGAGAGACCCAUCACAUCUCGCCUAGCACCAACCCUGUCUCCUCCGGUCCCCCAGUCCGGCCUCCAGACAAUAAUGCAGUCCCUGGGACAGCUCGAGGGCCUGAGCCUCGCUUAGGGAGCCAUUGCCUGGCUCUUUCCCUCCCGGCCACCAGCCAGCCCAGUGAUGGGCACCCAGUACUGGACUUACGGGGCAACAAGCGCAAGUCGGCCUCGCCACCUGCCACAGAGGAGCCAGCCCGCCGGCCGCCCAAAAAGUGCCAGCUGCCAGCCCCCGUGCAGCCGUAUGAACACGGGUACCCAGUUUCCAGUGGAUUUGCCAUGCCUCCAGUCUCUUUAAACCACAACCUCACCCAUCCCUUUACCCCCCAGGCGGGGAAUUCCUUCUACAUGGGCACUGGCUCCUCCUAUUACCAGCUGCCCAAUCUGCUGGCAGACUCUCCCCUGGUAUUCCCAGUGACUACUGACCCCCUCCUGCCAGCUGGCCCAGUCAGCUCUUCUUCUGCUGCUACCUCAGCCACUGCCAGUGUCCCUUCCUUCAUGCUAAACCCCUCUGUGACGGGGAUGCUGCCCAGCUACUCACUCCCCUUCACACAGUCUCUCCUGCCCGAGCCCAGGAUGUUUGCACCCUUCCCCUCCACCAUUCUGCCCGGCAGCCUUGCUCGGGGCAUGUCAGUCUAUCCAGGCUAUAUGUCCCCCCACUCGGGGUACCCAGCUGGCAGUCUUCUACGGUCCCAGGUGCCUCAUUUUGACUCCCACGAGGUCUCGGAGGUGGGGUGCAGUUCCAAUGAGGAUGAGGACAAGGACGAUGAUGUGAUAGAGAUCACGGGGAAAUAGCUGGGGAGCCCCCACCACCUCACUCUGGUCCCACAAUGGGCUUUGCACUGGGAUUGGAGGGCAAAGAUUGGAGCUCUGAAGAUAGGGCCCAGAGAGGG